UUAUUUGGAAUUGCAAUGCAGUGGCUGAUUGAUCACCCAAAAUACCUCAAAAAUCAGUUGUUCAUUGGGGCUGAUUCUUAUUCAGGCAUAACUGCUCCAAUAGUAGUUCAACAUAUAUUAGAGGGAAAUGCUGUUGGGGAGAGGCCACGCUUGAAUCUCAAAGGCUAUAUUCUUGGGUGUCCGCGAACAGAUGUAAUUAUUAAUGAAAAUUCAAAAAUAUCAUACUCUCACCGGAUGGGACUUAUAUCUGAUGAACUUUAUGAGGAGACCAAAAUAACUUGUAGUGCUAAUUAUUAUGAUGUGGAUCCAAACCAAGCAGAGUGCUUUGAAAGCCUUCAAAAGAUUGCAAACUUGAUUCAUGAUAUAAACAAAAAUGAUAUAUUGGAACCAAAGUGUACUUGGGCAUCCCCAGAUCAAAAUGGAGAAACCGAUAGACGAUCACUAGAGCAGCAAUCAGGAAAUUUCAUUCUCUCACCUCCCAAAAUUCCAGAAAUGUGGUGUCACAAUUUCAAUUUUGCGCUCUCCUAUAUUUGGGCAAAUGAUGAGAGUGUCCAACAGGCCUUGUAUGUUACAGAGGGAACAGUUAAAGAUUGGAAGAGAUGCAACAAGAACUUGGAUUACACACUGAAUGUGGAAACUGUACUUGAUGUUCAUAAGAAUCUCAGUUCAUAUGGUCUCCAAGUUCUUGUAUACAAUGGUGAUCAUGAUUUAACUAUACCAAAUACUGGAACUCAAGAUUGGAUAAAAUUGUUAAAUUUAACUAUUGUUGGUGACUGGCGGCCAUGGCUAGUUGACGGCGAAGUUGGAGGCUACACAAUCAAGUAUUCAAAAACUAGGUAUCGUUUGACGUAUGCAACUGUACUGGGAGCAGGGCACUCACCUCAAGAGUACAAGCGUAGAGAAUGUUAUGAGAUGUACCAAAGGUGGAUCCAUUACUAUCCACUCUAGUUGUUUCUUUAAGCCAAUACUAUCCUCUUAGUGGACUUUUGUGAUUCUAAAUUGUAUUCAAAUUUUCUUCCUUCCAAUGGUUCAUUAUCAUAAUUAACUUGUAGCAUUUGUGCACUAGCUUUUUCAAUGGGGCUUAUUAUUGUUAAAACAAUAAUGUUAUUAGAAAAAAAAUAUUUAACAAAUUACCUAGAAAAUUAUAUCAGUGAAGCUCAACUUUUAGUUUA